GCGAAUGGAUUACUGUCAGGGAGCUGAGGCGUCCAGGUACUACGCUCCAGAAAAUGCGCAGCUUCUAAGACGUGCUUGUAUUGCACGAUGCCCCACAUUGAGCUGACUAAAGGUGAUCGUGGAGCCGCGCUCACUGCUUAUUCUUCUAAGAUCUUCAGCCGACCAACACAGACAGCCUGCUUGAUGCGAAUCUGCUCCGGACGCUGCUGUGUUUGCUGAAAUGCUUGACUUAGCUGGAAGGGAUGGAAUCUGCCUAGAAUAUUGAUAGCCUACGGUUUGGCUAAUGCAUGCAUCCCCGCGACCUCUUGCGCCAGCAUAGACACCUCAGUUAGGCAUGUGGACGUCUUUAGACCGCGGACGCUGGGGGUUAUGUUGUCUAUCCCUCAUGGUGACCAUGGUCUGCGGUGCUCAAAGCGCCAACGAGCCAAGCAACAUGUCAUAUGUUAAAGCGACAGUGGACAAACUCCUUAAGGGAUAUGACAUUCGACUGAGGCCUGAUUUUGGAGGUGCCCCGGUGGACGUUGGCAUGAGCAUAGAUAUUGCCAGUAUCGACAUGGUGUCGGAAGUCAACAUGGACUACACCAUCACCAUGUAUUUCCAGCAGUCUUGGAGAGACAAGCGCUUGUCUUACACAGGCAUUCCGCUCAACCUAACUCUGGACAACAGGGUGGCGGAUCAACUCUGGGUCCCUGACACUUACUUCAUCAACGACAAGAAGUCCUUUGUCCAUGGUGUGACAGUGAAGAACCGCAUGAUCCGACUGCAUCCUGAUGGAACUGUGCUUUACGGUCUCCGGAUCACUACUACGGCAGCCUGCAUGAUGGACCUGCGUAGAUACCCCCUGGAUGAGCAAAACUGCACCCUGGAGAUUGAAAGCUAUGGCUACACAACUGAUGACAUUGAAUUCUACUGGCAGGGUAGCAGAUCAGUUACUGGGGUAGAGAACAUCGAACUCCCCCAAUUCGACAUCAUAGACUACCAAACCCUGUCUAAGAAAGCAGUAUUUGCCACAGGUUCCUACCCCAGACUAUCCCUGAGUUUUAAAUUGAAGAGGAACAUUGGCUACUUCAUACUACAAACCUACAUGCCCUCCACUCUUAUCACCAUCUUGUCAUGGGUCUCGUUCUGGAUCAACUAUGACGCCUCUGCGGCCAGAGUUGCAUUGGGUAUAACCACUGUGCUGACUAUGACCACAAUCAACACCCACUUGAGAGAAACUUUACCCAAGAUCCCCUACGUAAAGGCUAUUGACAUCUACUUGAUGGGCUGUUUUGUCUUUGUCUUCCUUGCCCUGUUGGAGUAUGCUUUUGUCAACUACAUUUUCUUUGGACGUGGCCCUCAUUUGCAGAAGAAGGUGGCUGAGAGAGCAGCUAAGACCAACAAUGAAAACAAGAGCCAACUGGAGAGUAACAAAGUGCAAGUUGAUGCCCAUGGUAAUAUCCUCUUAACCAACAUGGGCCUCCGCAACGAGAUGGGAGGGCCUGAGAUGAUGGGGGCUCUCGGGGACCCCCGGGCUACUAUGUUCUCCUACGACAGUGCCAGUAUACAGUACCGCAAGCCUAUGACCAGCAGGGACCUGUAUAGUCGACCGGCCAUUGACCGUCCCAUCGGCCACAAGAAGGGGCGCUUGAGGAGGAGGGCUUCUCAGCUCAAAGUGAAGAUCCCCGACCUGACAGAUGUCAAUGCUAUUGACAAGUGGUCCCGCGUCAUCUUCCCUAUUGCUUUUACCUUCUUCAACCUGGUCUACUGGCUUUACUAUGUCAACUAAGGUGGUACUAGACUGCCUAUGCAGCUCUACAGCCUCUGGCACUUUCUUUAGCUAGCUAGGUCUUGUACAGCGAGGGCAAGGAAGGGGAUUCAUUCAGCCCGUUUGUAUGACUUGAGUUAAGGAAUGUGAGGCGUUGCGGAUGUCUUUUCAGUGUAAAUACAAUUUAAUAUUAUAUAUAUAUAUAUAUAUAAAAGAAAACAUAUAAUUUAAUAAAUCCUCUCACCUUUUGCUGUAAUAAUCCAUACAGAAGAAAAGUAAAAAUUAGUAUGAAUCAAGAUGCGGUGGAGCUGUGCACUUGCAUUUCUAAGUCGUUUUGCCAACUAUGUAGACUUUGGUAACUCAAUUGUUCCUUCAGAAGGCAACGGCAUUUUAUUUAUUGGAACUCCUUUUCCUACUUAUUUCCUCUCACUAUCUGCAUGCUGACCAAACACAACUUUUGUUUGCCUCAAAGUUAAAAAAAAAAUAUGAGAAAAGAAUGAAAAGAAGCCCAGUGCAAAAACAAUGGGUAAUAAAGGCAGUUUUACUUGGUUAAAACCUAUCUUGUGAUUCAAGCAAAACUUAAGUUAAACUUCAUCCGGAGACUUAAAAAGGAAGUUGAGUGCUUAUCCUAUGAAACGUAGACCACUUUUGGUUCAACUAUGCUAAUACUAAAUUAACCAUUGUGUUUCCUGGGCAGAGCUAAUGCCUAACACUCUGAGUACUCCAAAAGCACCCUCCCUUACUCCAUUUCAUGCAUGCUCUGAUGUAGCAAUUUUUGGAUGGGUAAAAAUAUGUGCUGCAGUUUAAAUCCAGGCAUAAAUCUAGGCACAAGUCAUCUCUCAAAGCAAGGAUGCAUCUGAACAGUAUUUAAACUAGCCUUAGCCUGCAUGUAGACUAGCAUCAUCUAUAAAUUAGACUGAGCAAAUUGUUUCACCUAUCUGGUAUGCUGAAUUGGAGAAGAUCUAUAGAAAGGGAGGAAGGAAGAUAUUUUUUCUCUCCAAAUUGGGCCUUGAUCUGUGGUGCAGAUUUUUUUAUUUAAUUUGAUGAAGGGGUAUGAAUAACAUUUAUAACAACUUGCAUAAGACUUCAGAACACCCUCAAAGUUAUUGUGUCAGACUUUAUAAAGUAUUUAUAUACAUUUGUUUCAUUUAGUAUUUCAAAGUAAAUGUCCACACAAACCAUACUGUUUUCAGUCAAAUAUAUAUUCUUAAGAGUAUUUUUUGUUGUUAAACCCCAAUGUUUGAUACUUAUGCACGACUAAAAAGCCUGGUCUUGAUUCCGACUAAUCUUUGCAAAAGUGUUACUUUUUAUUAUUUGGUGGCAAAUCUCAGCUCUUUUUUGCCCCUAUUGCUUAAACGUUUUUGAAACGUCAGUACAUUAGUGAGUGUUUUUUAUAGAUUUACGAAUGAUUAUAUGCUUCCUCACAUUUAAAUUUUAGAUUACCAAAUUACAUUAUUUUUAGAAUGGUACAAUAUAACACAUAAAGGACCAUACCUCUUCCACAUACAGUAUUGCAGGUUAUCAUAUUCUCUGUGGCUAAAAUAGAGGUCCUAAUAUAAAAAUUACUCUCCAGUCUAUUCAUUUUUAAAACAUCCCUCUGUGGAUUUCAGCAAACGUGUGGAAAUGUAAACGUUGUGGCUACUAUUUUAUGUUGUAUGUGCGGUUUGAAGUUGCUAUAGAAAUUCUGGCUCUGGCAAUGGCUACAAAUGUAUCUAAAUCAAUUUGGCUGCCAAAUAUAUGAGAAAUAUUAAACAUUUUAUGACCUUUCA